UGUUGGUAUAGAGAUCGCUCUCUGCGGCUCAGCAGCACAGCUAAAUCGUCCAAGCAAUUUUCGUUUCUGUUUUGUUGGAUGGAUUUCUGUACUACAAAUUUCGGUUCGAACAAAUUGGAUAUUCGAGUUAGUAUUUUUUUAUUACGUUCGCUUGUUCAUCUUUUUUUUCCGAAUACUUGGCUCUCGGGGUUUGUGCUGACGGCGAUGAGAUUUUUUCUUAUAUACAUGUACCGUGCGUUGUUUGCAUGUACAUAAGCCAAGUUCGAGUCCGGGAGAGUGUGAGAGACGAUCGCGUCGCGGUGGCUUAGGGUGUGAGAGAGUGUUACGGGCCAAAGGCAGCAGCAGCAACAGUGGCCAAAGCCAGCAGCACCUAUUGUACAUAGAGUAUAUCGAUCUAGUGCCUAGCUGUGCUUCUCAAAAUGGCAACCCGUGAAAAGAAGCCCAGAUCGGUGAAUUCGGGCUCUCCCACCCCUUCACUCGGUGGUGGUAGCGACUCGGCCCCCUCGACCCCGACCAGCAAAGGUAAAAGCAAUCGCGCAUCCUUGAGGCAAAAGUCAAAACAACUGCAGAACACAAAUGAGGACUCCGUUCAAUCAACCGAUGAUAUCGUUGAUCCACCAGCAACCGAAUCAGCAAAUACCAGUGCUGGAUCCAGCAGCAACAAGUCUACGAGUACCAGCAGAACUACUCGGGCCACGAAUAGUGAGCCACCAGAGACCUCUUCCAGUUCCAAAGAGAAGGAAAAAGAAAAGGAUGAUGCAAAGGACUCGAAAACAGUGACUCGUAAAACCGUUACCAAAAAGAAGAAACCUAUUGCCGCUGGUGCUAGCAGUGAUAAGACUAAGACCUCUGUGACCGCCAUAAAGAAAACUACUCUUCUGAAACGGAAAACUAGGCCAAUUGUUGGCAAACCAGUCCUGGGCAAGAAAGUUAUUGCACGUAAGCAAGUCAACGCCAAAGGCAAAAAGGAAGUGACUGUGACCCUGAAAAAAGACGACAAGAAAAACACUAGUCUGCGCAAUGGUAAACCUCGCGCUAUUGACAGUUCAGUUUCAAAGCGGAGAGCGCCUACUCCCAAGGAUAAAUAUCCUAAGGAUUCAACCACGGAUUCCGUUACGAUAAAGCAAGAACGCCGUCGAUCGGAUUCUGUUUCCAAAAGUUCAGACGUGACAGACGUCAGCACAACGUUAGACACUUCCUCUGCCAAGGACGAUGACGAUAAGAAAGAUGACACUAGCCUGUCGGAAAUCAAACGGGAACUCAUGGAAGAGAACGAAACCAAGUCCAAAAUUUUGGACAAAAUGGCAGAAGCAUUCAAUGAACGUAAAACUCCUACUGUGUUGCCAUCGAAGGACGAAAAAGCGGUUCGCCGGAGUGCCCGUCAACGGAAGAGUACACCUAAGGAGAAGGAAGAAUUUGUUGCUCCACCGAAAAUCAAAGCACCGGUGGACAUAAAAUCGGAGCCAAUGGAUACGGAUGAGUCCGAAUCGGUGACCCCGUUGACCAUUGACACAGAAGCCUCGACUAAGGAGACGAUCAGUAGCGAUCUGGAAAAGGACUCAUCGCUCAGUCCGGAACUGAUCAGUGAAGGUGUGUCGGAAAUUAGUGUAAAAGAAUUUUAUAGUGAGCCUGCUUUCCUCGAAAAUAAUCUAGGAAUAGAAAAGGAUCCCAAAUUGGGUGAAAUUGUACAAGUGCAAGAGAAAAUCAAAUUGGAUAAGGGUAGUGAGAGUGAUGUGGCCGCUACUACUGCCGCUAAUGGCAGUACGUCGGUGAAAGAAGAAAUUCAACAAGUGGUAGUGAAAGAGGAAAAAAUCGAAGAGGAUGAAAACAAAGAUGAUGAAAAAAUGGAAAAUGAUAAGUUUAACAGUGAACCUAUGGAGAUGGAAAAAUUGAAGGAAAUUAUUGGCAUAGUCGAAGCAAGCAAAGUGCAAAGCACGGCACCACCAGUGGUAGUGAUUCCCAAGGAUGAAAUUUCGGGUAACGAGUCACCUCUGUCGGAUCGAUCCAAUGAUAAGGAUACGUUGAUGAGUAUCAUUAACAAAGUGGAAAGUAAUCUGAAGAAGAAUGAUUCGCGAUCCGAUUCGGACGGGGAGCGAUCGGGUAAACCAAGUGCUCCGAAAGCCAAGGCUACCGCAAAGGAGCCGAAGACGAAAGCUCGCAAUGUGAAAGACAAGUGCAAAGAAGAUGAGAAGGCUAAAGAAGAAAAGUUACGUCAGGAAAAGCUACGUGUGGAAGAAAAAGUGCGCGAGGAAAAGCUUCGAGCCGAACGUCUCAAGCAGGAAGAAGAGAAGAAGAUAAUGGAAGAGAAAAUGAAGCUGGAACAAGAAUCCAAGAAAACUGCUAUCACCGCAGCAACACCUGGUAAAGCCAGCCCCAAAAUGAUGGAUGAAGUUGUUUCGGUGUUGGAGAAAGUGCUCCCAACAACAACUGUUACAACACUAAGCAUUAGCUCGGCUGACUCACAUUUGGUUCUUUCGGUGACUUCUUCUGAGUCCACCGAGUUGGUCGAAAGUGCAAAAUCAGACCCUCCCAAACUUGAACAAAUCGUAUCGAAUACGAUCCGUUUAGAAAAUCUUCCCGCCAUAACCCUUCUAAAAAAAGAUCCUAAUCAGGUCAAGAAUGAGUCAAAACUCGAGAACGUUCAAGUAAAAGCUGAAUUGGAAAUUUUACCCUUGAAAGAAGUGGUCGUGGCCAAGGAAGAGAAAACUCAGGCAAAAGGUUCCGAAUCGCCGUUGCAAAUAAUUUCCAGGAGCGAAAACGCUGCAGCGGUCGUUACUUUAACGACCGUUACGGCCGAAGGAAAUAAAUCUCCCCUUAGCAUUAUCAAAAUACAGACUGAUAAAGAUUCUGACAAAUCUACUAUUUUCGAAGAAAUUCCAGUAGAAGCUCAUAAAGGUAAAGAUUCAGAAGCGGUUGAGAACUGCGAUCAGGAAAUAGAAGUUCUACACCCGAACAGUACCAAGACAGUCGUGCAAGAUUCGCCUAGCGUAACGGAAGCGUUUCCAGAUUUCGCAGAUUCCGCCGUGGACUCCAGUUUGGUACAGUCGGCUGAUGAGGAAUCAGACGACGUUGCCAAACAGAAAGAGUCUCACUUGAAGCACUUGGGGCUGCUAACCCUCCAAGCAGCCAGUGAGGAAAAGCAACGCCGGAAGGAACUCGUCCUACAUAAACCUACCACCAAUAUUAGCUCUGCUGCAAGCAAUUGUUCCAGUACCUCUUCCAGCAGUUCCAAAAGUGGUGGUAGUAGUGGUUGUGGAGGGGUUGGUGGUUCUACUAAAUCAACCAGAAAUUCCGAGUCUACCGGAACCCUAAAAACUGUGAUAAAACUUAAUCGAGGUGAAAAGCGCAAAGCACGGUUGCCACUGAAGAUGACCCUGCAGAAGGGAAAAGGCAAAGGCGCCGAAAAGGAUGCCAACGGUGGUGAUGGAAAUGGGGAGACAGCAUUCUACAUCAUUCAGAACGAGACUGAUCAUCAACAGAAUCAAUCGAUGACCGACUCUGCAGGACUGGCAACGGCGGCGCUUGGCAGGAAAACGCACAGCCGGUCUCACACCACCGAUGUUGUCACCUUACCGGAAGUUGUUGCUGAAUCUGCAGUGAAAGAAGUGGUCCAGAAGGCGUUGGUUAUUCCGGAGAAAGCCUCUUCGUUUAAUGUACAUCCCGAACGGCUAUGCCAGGACCAGUGCUUUUACUGUGGCGGCAAGUUUGGCCUCUACGAUACUCCUUGCCACAUUGCGGCUAUGAAAUCCAGCGAGCGACAGCAGAACAUCCUAGCUAUUCAAAACACGUUGUUAGGGACUAUGUACAAACUACGUGAGGUCAAGAUCAAAAUUGACAGCUGCCUGUGCGACGCUUGUUUCCGACAUGUGGAUCGAAAAGCCAACUGUCCAUCGUAUCGGAAGAAGACAGAGGCCAAAUCACUUUCAUCUCUGGCAAAAAUUCAAAGCAACGUGGAUGCCACCAACGAAGACAAGCAAUCUCAGGAUGAAAGCUCCGCAGGUACAAGUGCGACAAGUUCUGAAAAUUUGCAAACAUCUGCGGAUGAGUCCAAAGAAGGAUCUGUCCAACGGACGGAAGAGCUGGAGACUGUCGAGGAGAAAAUUCAAGGAAGCUGCCACGUGCGAAACUGCGGUGCCGGUGCUUCCCAUACCAUUCGUCGCAAGUGGCUGCUGAAGAUGAAGAAAACCAUUAGCAAAAUUCUUGAGAUUAACCUAGAGCAAACCAAUGCGGUGUCGAAUUUGAUUCCCCUCUGCGAUGGACACUACGAGCUAAUAAGCCACCUGAUGAUUUGCGCCAUGUGCAAACGUCGACUGCCUAAGAACCACAUUUAUUACAUUGUCAAUGAAAUUCCACAAUUAGAACGGCUCAUCCAGGAGCAGGGAAUAGCAAUGAAGCUCGGCAAUUCAACAUUGGUCGUGUGUAAAUUAUGCAGAUACUAUGCUAAUUUGUUGCUCAAACCGCCGGAUGCAAAGUCGCAGAAAGCUCAGUUCAUCAAGAACUACAACCGAAGAUUGCUUCAAUUUUAUGAACGCGAACAUGAGCUACAGGAAAUGGCUCUGGCUUCCGUGGAGCCGACCCGGAUCGUUACGAAUCCGGACAUUGUCAUCUCGGACGGCGAAGACGACACCAUCGAAAUAGUCCCCGUUGGUGAAUCGGUAUCCUUGCAGCGUCGUAGCCACCACUCACGUAAAUCAACCGAUCUCUCCAUAGUGGACGCCAACUGUGCCCAAAUGGCUGAACUCGAAGAAGUAACAAUCACACCCGCCCCAAAACUGACCAGCACUGCCAACGUCAGCGGCAACAGUUCAAUUAUUCUCGAUACCGACGUUUCCAUCGAACAGCCUGCAUCGGCAGAGAAACGUCGUAAGGACGACAGCAUCGAUAUGACCAAGGCAUUGAAGGCUAAUCCCAACAUUUCAAUGCGUGAGUUGUUCCCGGGAGAGGAGGAACUAGGCAUUCAUAUCAAUAUUCCAUUUAACAAUACCUCGACAAGGACGCCCGAAGGAUGGGUCAAGGUGAACACCACCCUGCAGUACGAUGACUCCACUAGAACCCUGUGGGAAGAGCUACAGAAACCGUACGGCAAUCAGUCAAGCUUUCUCAGACAUCUGGUGCUCUUGGAAAAGUAUUUCCGCAACGGCGAUUUAAUUCUUUCUCCACAAGCUAAGAACAAUGCUGCCACAUACUCAGAAGCCGUUCAGAAUCGGCUUCGAUCGUUCGACAACGUUCUAACUCCCCCUCCGGUAGCAGUGAUCGAUAAAAGUGCUAUCCGACAACAGUUGGGUAAUGCACCGAUAACAAUUACUGCCGCCACCAAAACGAGGACAAAGUCUUCAACCGAACCGGUCAGUUUACUCAAAUCCAACAAUCCUCACUUGAUCGGUGGAACGUCAUCUGGUGAUGCAUCCCUGAAACGAAAACUUUCAACUGAUGCUAAAGCCAAAUCCGCGUGUGGCAAACCCGAUGCUGCCGCAGGAAGUAAAGUUAUUAAGUUAGACGAAACAAUAGUUGUACCUGGAGGCAAGUCUUCGAAUCUAGUACCACCUGAGCUGAUAAGCAUCAAUGCGAAACAAAAUGUGACUAUUACCUCAAUUCCGCCUGUUAAGCCACCAUCAACGUCGACACAAAGUCUACCGAAUCCGCAGCAAUCGCUUCUCCAACCGCAGCAAUCGUUACUGCAACCGCAAUCUCAGAACAAAAAAUCACCGGGAUCAGCUGCCAUGCGUGAGAUCAUCAAACUUCCUGAUCAGUUGACCGAGGCCGAACGAAGGGAAACUUCUAAACCUUGGCGUCCAACACUCAUUCCGAUCACACCUGGAAGCGCUGAGACUAUUAAAGCUGGCCCACUGUACCAAACCGCUGACGGACGCAGACUCCCAAAGUUGGUGCAGGUCAUGUCCGGAGGAAAACCGUACCACAUUUCGAUACACGACUACAAUCGCAUGUGCAUAUUACGGCGUGAAAAACUGCUCCAACAAAGGCAAGAUCUGAUGCAGCACCAGUUUCAUCAACAUCAAAAGCGGCUACAGCAGCAAUCGCCACCUAAUCCCGCUAGUAUAAAUGCCACAAAGACGACUGGCUCGAAAUCUUUGCUGGACAACGCAAUCAGUUCCGCAAAAAUGGUUCAAAUUCCGAAUCAAAUUCUUGAACAGAAUUCCCUUAUACCGAUACCCAACAAUAGCGGGAACAAUGGCAGCAACAACAGCAAUAACUCUUCCAACAAAUUAAAUGGCCCCAGCAGCGAGCUUCAACAAUUGAUCAAAACGCGUAAACCGGGUAGUAACAAUAACAUGAUACCUCCUGUGACAAGUGGCCCAGCGUUCUUUAAGAACACCUUGCCGAUGAAUGCCACUUCUAACAAGCCGAUCUCUUUACCCAAUAGUACCAGUAUGUUCUCGAUGGCUGGCACGAAUCAGCACCAACAACAGCACCAAUCCGGUUCAACAAACACUUCCUCUCCUGUCGGAUCGCUACCCACGACACCGUCGCAGCUCGAUCAACUCAUAAAAAGUAACAACCAAUUCCUGAACAAUUUCGUCAGUCAAUCGCAGCUCAGUGCGAUGGUUGCAGCGGCAGCAGCAGCGGCCGUGGCCAAUUCAACCUCCAACUCGCUAAUAGGCGGUGGAACGAGCGGUGGCUCGAUCCUGAUGGACAACACGGCCGCUCAGCUGCUAUCCAAAAUACCAAAAUCCCUAACUGUGAUACCACAACAGAAACAAAGAUCCUUGUCACGUGUCUCCUCGAACGAGGACCAAAGCAGUGCCUAAGCGAAAGUAAUCAAUGAUACAAGAAAACAUACAACUGCACACUAAACAUAUAAACAAACAAAAACACACAAAGAGAGAAAGAUACCUACUUGAAGAAGUGAGUUUCCAAUUUUUAUGAAUUAGAAUUUUGUAAAACCGAAUCAACAAAAUAAAACAAAAACCUGAAUUGUUAACAUACAGAAAAUACAAACAAAAACAAAUCAAUCUGAUAACUAACAGUAAACAGGCUUGGGAAUUAAAUUAACCAAUUGCUCUAGUCACUUUGGCUUGUCCUUACAUGCAUUACGAUUCUAAUGAGUUUUCGUUUUCGAUUUGAUUGAUUGCAACAACCUUAACGGACGAAUGACAUUUCAAGUGGACACACAUAAGGAGAACAUUCCAGCGCGGGUGAGCGUACUCAAAGACCUUCGACCAAUACGCAAUGGGUAAGGAUUGAAGUCCGACAGGAUGCUCAGUUAUGCAGAAUCCUGGUUAGACCUUCACUACCAACCUUGCAAUAAAAACGACAACACCACUAAGAGACAGAAAUUCGUCUCGCUCGUGUAGCCUCUGCAUGAACAACGCUUACAAAUGUCUCACCCUUCAAGCCAGUGAAGCAAUUCCGACUUGAAAUUCGAACGUGUUUAAUUUACACGGUCACAGAGAAAAGGGAAAUUACUCAACUGAAACUAUAAGGGAAUAAAUUCACUGACACCGACGGAUGGAAUUUUCGUUGAAUCACCGUUUUUAUCAUAGACUUUUUGCCGCUAAUGCAAACACUUUAGUUAUAGUUCCGCAAGCAUUAUACAUAAAGUAUAAUUAAAAUCAUUUGCAAGAACAUAAUUUAUAAGAUUGCAAUUACUAUAUGUUAUAGCUACGAUGAAAAUAUGUACUACACUCCCAGCAAACUCACUCACUCAAUCACUCAUAAAAAAUAGAACUGCAUAUUAGCAGUCUGAGCACCGAUAUCAUUCAGAAUAAGUUGCGGUAGUAGAAUAAGUUUUUCUUCUAUUUUUCCUAUCCCUACCUUUAACUGAAACGUAGGCACCACGACCUGAUUUGGGUCUAUUUAAUUACUGUUAACUUAUUACUGCAAGCAGUCUUUUCUUUUCCUUUAUCCGGUAUAUUUGCUCUUGGUCAGCUCUAUACAUAAUCAUUUUCUGAUGAUACAAAGUAAAAAAGCAACUAGUUUUUUAAGGAUAAAAAUACAAUUGGAUGAACUAAUGAUCAUAUUGCACUUAUCAACACUCUAAGGUAAGAAAACCAUCAGAAGAUGGAUGAAUAUAAAUUUGAAGACAAAACUCUGUUGAAAACAUUACACGAAGAGAUACGAUGCAACAAAGAGAAACAAAAAUAAAAGUUACAAAAAAAACACGAAAGAGCAAACAUAUGAUAAAGUUGACUAUUAUUUAAAAAAUUUAGGAACCAGAGAGUAAGGAAACAUAUUUUAUCACCCUAUCAAUUAUCAACUAAAAGAACAAAAAUGCAUAAAACUUAGGAGUAUGCUUUGAAUGAAAGUGUAUAAAUUUGAAAUAAAAUUUGAAGUAUUCCCACAAAA